CAGUGGGGCUGGUGGCUAGGACUGGGUUGGGCAGGGUGAGCAUGGCCAGAGGGGCCCACAGAGGAAGUUGGCUUGGGACCUCGGCUGCCAGUAGAGCUGGUCCUCUUCGCUCUUGGCCUUCGUGGGCCCAGUGGCCAGACAAGGACCCGUGCCUCAGCACAAGCGCAGGUCCGAACCGUGAGGGCCAGUCACCCAAGGAACCGUCUGCAACUGCCUCAGCCCCGAUACCUGACCCAGUCUGAUGGGCUGGGUUCCAGACUGGGGCACUUCCCUGACACCUGGAGCCUUUCCUCUGCUCCCAUGCACGCUGCCUUCCUGACCCCAUCCUUCUGUGUCCCCAGGGCACCCUGGGCCACCUUUUCAUGUCUGUCGUGAGGUUUCAUGGCCUUCGGCAUGGGUCCCUCAGGGCCCUGGGCUCUGGUGGCUGUUCAACAUGGAGACGCGUGCCAUUGGUCCUGGGAAAUUUUCUCUUAUUUCUUUGGCAAUUUUCUUCCCUUUCUUUUUUCUGUUCUUUCCAUGACUCCCACUGUGGGCCUCCUGGAUUGAUCUGCGAAGGCGGCACCAUGUCUGGUUUUCUUUCCCUUCGGCUUCAGGGUCCGCGGUCAGGGCCCGGGACCUUCUGCUUUCAGUUUUCUCUCGCUCCGUUCCUGCCCCAGCUCUCAGUUCCUGGAGCUCCUUUGCUCCCUGCGUGUUUCCUCCCUUCCUUCCUGUUUCGUAGUGCCCUGUUCUUGUUUCAUCUUGCGUGUCUUUGAGGAUACCAGGUGCUAGUAGGCUGGAGCUGCCCACGGACAAGGACCCACGCCUCAGCACAAGUGCACGUCCGAACCGUUAGGGCCAGUCACCUAAGGAGCCGUGAGCCUGGUGUUCUCUCUUCCCAAGCCUGUGUUCGUGCUGUGUGAAAUCAGCCGCACUAGGAAGACAACACCAGUGUAGUUGGCAAACGCUGCAAAUAAGAGCAUUCCCCCUGAGAAGCGGCUGCCAGGCCUUGGUCGGCACAGCCUGGUAUGUAGUGUAGGUGUUUGAACCGUCCUGACCUCUGCUUGGCCCCAUCUCCAUCACGUCCUGCUGUCUGUUGGCCUUUCGCAGGCGGGUUGUCUGGAAUACUGGCUCUGUCGGAAUUUAAGGAGGUCCUCAAGCUGCUGCCUGGUGUUUGGCAGGGACCUGGCUGUUGUUUGGCGGUUCCCACCUGUCAGUAUCUGCGACUUUUCCCUGGGCUGCUCACUCUGUCCAAGGAGAGUCUCUGGUCCCCACCUCGGGGUUAGAGUCUUGCUGCCAGAGGUGCGGGCCAGGCAGGUGGGGGUGCAGGUGUCCUGGGUGGGUCACCAGACCUCUUCACCUGGGGAGGGCCUGGCUUGGUGCCUGGGGGCAGCUGCUCCUGUGGGAGAGCCAGAUGCCUGCACUUCCCGCACCCCCCUGGGACCUGGGGGCAGACCAGCCGCCUGGCGCCAACCCCACAGCCCCUGGUCCCCCGACUGCACGUGGCUUCCUGAUGGCUCUGCUGUUUCUUACUCUGUAAACUUUGUGGACACCUCUUUGCUGCUGUCCCCUGGAGCCCUUGUCCUCGUGCGUUUGUGGCGUGUUUAUUCCCUGCUCUGGGUUUGAGGGGAGGAUGCAGCACGUGCCCUGUUGUUUAACUGGUGCUGGAAGGCCUUUGCCCUGCUGACUGAUGACCUGUGACCAGUCUCCCAGCGCAGGCGCGUCCAUCGUCAGGGGCCCUGGAUCUCACUGCUCCUGCCUUGCUUCUGCUCGGCAGAAAACCCCAGGUGGGCUUUCCCGGCCUGAGAAGGGCCCCGUCGCUGGGCAAGGUGGCCGCCGAGGGGUCCUGCUGGAGGCUCGGCCUGCACCGCGGAGCAGCAAGGGAGCCGUGGGCAACCGCGUCACCACUAUGGUGCACAACCGCUGCGGCCUCUUGGAGAAGGCUCCGCCCCCGAGGAGCUCCAGCCGCUCGCCCUGCCCCCUCAACAACCUCGUCAAGGCAGCCGCCGAGGAGGGCAAGGGCAGCGAUCUGGAGACACCGCAGAAGAACGUCGCCAGCAGCAACCUUGUGGCCAGGAACAGUGCUGGGGUGGCUGCAGACUCCACAGCCCGGCCCAGGCUAAAGGCGGUGACAGAGGAGGAGGCUGAAAGGUUCAUCCACCAGGUGAACCAGGCCGCCAUCACCAUCCAGCGCUGGUACCGCCACCAGGCACAUCAACACCGAGCCAGAGCUGCCAGCCUGGAGCACCUGCUGGCGUCCAAGCGACAGAAGCAGGAACAGCAGCUUGGAGGGGGAAAUGUCUUGGACCUACACCACCAGAAGGAGGCAGCCAGGAGGAAGGCCCGGGAGGAGAAAGCGCGCCAGGCCAGGCGAGCAGCCAUUCAGGAGCUGCAGCGGAAGCGAGCCCAGAAGUCAGGCAACACUGAGCGUGGGCUGCCCGAGGAGGCCAGGGGGACAGGGAAGCCCCAGCCCGCCCAGGGGCCACCCCCGAGGCCUGGGACAGCUCAGCAGACCUGCAAGGCCAGGAACUCAGGGACUGGCUUCCACACUGCAGGCCCAGAGGACCCCUGCCAGCCUGCCCCCGACUGGUCCCUGGAGCCCCGGCAGAUUGCAGAGGACAAGCCCCAGGAUGCCAGCUCCCAGGAUGUGGCUGGUGAGGGCCUGGAGGCCGUGAGCCCUGCUGCGGAUAGGGCCGCGUCCAGAGCGACCCUAGACCAGCUGCUGGACACUCUGAAGCUGCUGGAGGAGGAGCCUGAGCCACUGCCCCGCCCCAGGGCCAACCCCAGGGGCAGAUACACCUGGAUUGGCGAGGACGAGGCCAGCUCCCUGACAGCUGACAACCUGGAGGAACUUGGGAAGCUCAGCGCAUCUGACGGCCCCGCCGAGGACGGGAUGCUGCUCUCGGAGGCCAAGCUGCAGAGUGUCCUGAACUUCCUGCAUGAGCUGGACUUGGAGGAGUCGGGACCGGGCCGGCCAGCCUCGGCCCCCCAGGGGCUGGUGCUGGAGGAGCAGCCAGGGCGCCCGGAGCCCAGGUCCGAGGUGAGCCCCUCCGUGAUGCGGCUGCGGCCGGAGGUGGAGAAGCAGCAGGCGGCCGUGCUGCUGCAGAGAGCCCUGGCGCAGUGGCGGGAUCUCACCGUCCGGCAGGCCAGGGAGACGGAGGAGGAGCUGGGCCGGCAGCAGCGGGAGCAUUACGAAGCCACCAUCCAGCGGCACCUGUGCUUCAUCGACCAGCUGAUUGAAGACAAGAAGGUCCUGGCCGAGAAGUGCGAGGCCGUGGUGGCCGAGCUGAAGCAGAGGGACCAGAGGUGCAGGGAGCACGAGGCCCAGAUGCGGGCGCACCACGAGCUGGAGACCAAGAAACUGAAAGAGCUGAUGAGCGCCACUGAGAGGGUCCGGAGGGAGAAGUGGAUCAACGAGAAGACCCGCAAGAUCAAGGAGAUCACGGUCAGAGGCCUGGAGCCCGAGAUCCAGAAGCUGGUCGCCAGGCAUAAGCAGGAGGUGGCGCGGCUGCGGAGCCUGCACGAGGCUGAGCUGGUGCAGGCGGACCAGCGGGCAGCCCAGCGCUGCGACCACCAGGUGAAGGAGCUCCGGGAACACCUGCAGCAGGAGAAGGAGGCCCUGGCACAGCAGGAGAGGGAGCGUGCCCGGCAGUGCUUCGAGCGGCAGCUGGAGCAGGAGCAGUGGGCCCUGGAGCAGCAGCGGCGCCGGCUCUACAGCGAGGUGGCCGAGGAGAAGGAGCGGCUGGGCCAGCAGGCAGCCAGGCAGCGCGCUGAGCUGGAGGAGCUGAGGCUGCGGCUGGAGGAGAGCUGCUCCGCGGAGAGCCGGGCCCUCAGGGCCGAGUUUGAGAAGGGAAGGGAGGGGCAAGAGCAGCAGCACCAGAUGGAGCUGAAGGCCCUGAAGGACCAGCUGGCAGUGGAGCGGCAGCUGUGGGAGGCCAGCUGCGCCAAGAAGGAGGAAGCAUGGCUGCUGAGGCGGGAACGGGAGCUGAGGGAGGAGACGCGGAGAGACCGGGACAAGGAGAUCGAGCUGGUGGUCCACCGGCUGGAGGCGGACAUGACGCUGGCCAGGGAGGAGAGCGAGAGGGCCUCCGAGAGCCGCGUCAAGCGCGUCCGGGACAAGUACGAGGCGGAGCUCACGGAGCUGGCACAGUCCGAGCGGAGGCUCCAGGAACAGUGCACAGAACUGAAGGGGCGCCUCGCAGAGGCCGAAGGGGAGAGCGGGCGCCUGCAGGGCCUGCUGCGGCAGAAGGACAAGGAGCUGGCCGGCGUGGCGGCGGUGAAUGCGCAGCUGGCCGGGGAGCGCAGCCGCCUGUCCCAGGUGCUCCGCCAGGAGUUCGCCGACAGGCUGGCGGCCUCUGAGGAGGAGAACCGGCAGGUCCGGGCCCAGCUGGCAGAGCUGCAGGCGCGCCAGCAGCUGGAGCUGGAGCAGCUGGCACGAGAGAAGCAGGCGGAGCUUGAGGAGGUGCAUGGGAGGGUGAAGAUGGCCCUGGUAAAGAAGGAGGAGACUGUGAGCAGCCUGCGGAGGCAGCACGAGGCGGCGGUGAAGCGGGCUGACCACCUGGAGGAGCUGCUGCGGCAAUGCCGGCGGCCAGUCCCAAGCACCAAGUGACUGCCCGCCAGGCAGGACGUGAACAGGCCGACGCGUCAGGGCCGAUGGUGUGUGGCAUGCGACAGACAUGGGCCGCCACGGCGCCUCCUCCCCUGCCCUGUGCCUGGGCCUCCCCAGCCCAGAGUUCUGUGGCCGCAGUUUAACAGUAAAGAGGUGCUUUGCCAUGCUUGGUGUGA